CCAGGUCACCCCAGCAGCAGGUGGCCUUGUGACACCAGCAGAGGCUGUUUUUCUUUUCACCCAGCUACAGAGGACAUCUGCUCAGACAUCAGAAAGGCAUUCGGAGCCCAGAAGGCAGAACACAACAUGGAGCUGACACACACGGCAGCUGUCAGAGGUGAGGGCUACAGCAAUGCUAGCUUCCAGGAUGGAGACUUUGAAAACCAGAAUACAUCAGGAAGCAACUCAAUAAGGAAUAGAGUUGUGCCAAGCGGGGAGCAAGGAAGCCCCAGACAGGGGGAAGAGCAUAUCACAAUUGAUCAGGAUUCGCUAAGAAACAAAGACGAAGAUGUGGAGGAUGGCCAAGACACGCAUCCAAAAGGAUAUUUGGAAAGAAAAUACUAUACAAUUUGUGAUUUUUGUAGAAAGCACAAAACCACUCUUCGGUACAUCAUCUGGGGCAUAUUAUUAGUCGGUUAUCUAGUCAUGGUGAUUGCAGCCUGCGUGCUGAACUUUCACAGAGCCCUUCCUCUCUUCGUAAUCACUGUGGCAGCCAUCUUUUUUGUUCUCUGGGAUCACUUGAUGGCCAGAUAUGAACAUCGAAUUGAUGAAAUCCUAUCUCCGGGCAGACAGCUUCUGGACAGCCAUUGGUUCUGGAUGAAGUGGGUCAUGUGGAGCUUAUUGAUCCUGGGCAUUAUUUUCUGGCUGAUCCUCGACACUGCCAAGUUGGGACAACAGCAUCUGGUGUCCUUCGGUGGGCUCGUGAUGUACAUUGUCCUGUUAUUUCUGUUUUCCAAGCACCCAACCAGAGUUUAUUGGAGACCUGUCUGCUGGGGCAUUGGGAUACAGUUUGUUCUUGGUCUCCUAAUCCUAAGGACUAAGCCUGGAUUCAUUGCUUUUGAUUGGCUGGGCAGACAAGUUCAGACUUUCCUGGGGUACACUGAUGCUGGUGCUGUCUUUGUCUUUGGUGAGAAAUACACAGACCACUUCUUCGCAUUUAAGAUCCUGCCCAUUGUGGUUUUCUUCAGCACAGUGAUGUCCAUGCUGUACUACCUGGGACUCAUGCAGUGGAUCAUCAGAAAGGUUGGAUGGACAAUGCUAGUUACUAUGGGGUCAUCUCCUAUUGAGUCUGUAGUUGCUGCUGGCAAUAUAUUUGUUGGACAAACAGAGUCUCCACUGCUGGUCCGACCCUAUUUACCACAUGUCACCAGGUCAGAGCUCCAUGCUAUUAUGACAGCUGGCUUCGCUACAAUUGCUGGAAGUGUCUUGGGUGCUUACAUUUCUUUUGGGGUGUCAUCCACCCACCUGUUAACAGCUUCAGUCAUGUCAGCUCCUGCAUCACUGGCUGUUGCUAAACUCUUCUGGCCUGAGACAGAAAAACCCAAAGUAACUCUUAAGAGUGCCAUGAAGAUGGAAAAUGGUGAUUCAAGGAAUCUCCUAGAAGCUGCAGCACAGGGAGCCUCCUCGUCAAUCCCUCUGGUGGCGAACAUCGCUGCAAAUCUCAUCGCCUUCCUGGCCCUGUUGUCCUUUGUGAAUUCAGCCCUGUCCUGGUUUGGAAACAUGUUUGACUUCCCGCAGCUAAGUUUUGAGAUAAUAUGCUCCUACGUCUUCAUGCCUUUUUCCUUCAUGAUGGGAGUGGACUGGCAAGAUAGCUUUAUGGUUGCCAAGCUCAUUGGUUAUAAGACAUUCUUCAAUGAAUUUGUGGCUUAUGAGCACCUCUCCAAGUGGAUCAGUUUGAGGAAAGAGGCUGGACCCAAAUUUGUGAAUGGGGUGCAGCAAUAUAUGUCAAUUCGUUCGGAGAUAAUUGCCACUUAUGCCCUCUGUGGUUUCGCCAAUUUCGGUUCCCUAGGAAUAGUGAUCGGCGGACUCACAUCCAUGGCUCCUUCCAGGAAGCGUGACAUUGCCUCCGGAGCCAUCAGAGCUCUGAUUGCAGGGACCACUGCCUGCUUCAUGACAGCCUGCAUCGCAGGCAUACUCUCCGGCACUCCUGUGGAUGUUAACUGCCAUCAUGUUUUAGAAAAUGCUUUCAACUCCACUUCACCUAGCAACACAACCAGAGUGGUAUUUUGUUGCCAAAGCUUAUUGCCCAGCACUGUGCUCAAAGGGCCUGGCCAGGUCAUCCCAGGAGGAAAUAGCAGCCUACACACCCUGAAGGGCUGCUGUAAACUGCUGGCUCCACCCACACUCAACUGCAGCUGGAUCCCGAGUGGAUUCUGAGUGCAGCCACUUUUCCAGUGAAAUGCAGUCUGCAGAUGCUGAAUUUUCUGCUUUCAGGAAAAGAAAAGCUGUCAUCCAUAGAUUGAUAACUUCCAUCAGCUUGAAUUGUGAAGAAAAAAGAAAACAAGUGUGAACCUUUCAAAGCUAUAAUCUCUCUCUCCUACCCAUCCCUCCAGCUCACCCUUUUCCUACUGAGAACUACUAAAAUAUCCCAAACCAAGGCCUUACCUCCGGUCCCAACAAUCUAAGGUUUUCUAACCUUAGAUUUGAAAGACAUUUCCUGAGAACACAGGUAUAAAUGUUGGCUUCCAACAACCAGGCUAGAACUCAGCCAUACACUCUAAGUAUCUGAAUGAGUUUCUAAAUAGUCCAGAAUGACUUGUUUUAAACACAUCUUAAGUAAGGUCACUCUGCAUUAACUCUAGCUUAUCUGAAAUAUCUUGAAUUUGAAUCUUACAUAAAGGAAGGAUAAUCAACAAUCACUCCUUGGCUGCCCUUCCCAAGUCCUGCAUAAAUCAGAAGUCCUUCAGAAAAGCAUGGAGGUCCCAACAAAACCAGGACCUAAAGGCCGGGGAUUUAGCUCAGUGCUUCCAGCGCCUGCCGAACGAGUGCGAGGUCCCGAGUUCCAUCCCCAGUACCAAAAAAUUAAAAGACAAACAAAACCAGCACCUAAGACCCUUAAACUUAGAGAGUUGUGUACAUCAGUUUAAGCCAGGGUUUCAGUAACAAACAACCCAACAACCUCAGCUGUUUUCAAGUUUAUCUUUCACUCAUAUCACAUAUUCGUAAUAGUUGACUUUGGCCAUAAUCCUUAUGUUGUCUUCAUUUCCAGGACCCCUGCUAAAGAAGCAGCCCCUGUGUGGGGCAUGCUGGUCUUAGAGAGGGAAAAGGAAAUUGGAGGCAACAUGGUGGCUCUUAAAACUUCUGCUAGGAAAUGACACCCUUCACUUCCACUGGCCAAAACAAGUCCUAUGACAAUGUGAUGUCAGUGACCACAGAUGAAUUGUCCUGUCACAGGGAAGGACAGUGAAUACUUUAUAGAAGUGGUAUGAUACACCACAAGGGUGCAUGAUUCCCCUGUGUCCCUUCAAGAGUCAACCUGAUAUAGAACAUAGCCAUAGACCUCUUCACAUGCAAAUUUAUAUUCCUGGUAACAAGACAGGAAAACAGACUUCAGUCAGAAAGACAUCAAGAACCAACUAAGGAAGAACAAAUCCUGACUGAAGUCUGAACUCCCUCCACAGAUGCUCCAUAGACCAUCAGUACCACACUUGCCUGAUGGAUGUUGGUAUCUCUGCCAGAGAUGCUGGUGGAGAGUUUGUGACUGAGAAGUGCAUCACCUGCUUUCAGGAACAUGAAGAGCAACCACACCAUGUGGGAAAACAGCAGUGCCUCUGAGUCCAAAGGAAGAGACUCGUAAAAAAGGUUCUGCAGUACCUUAAGUAAUUUAUUGUGAUUAUAUUUUCUCUUCUGUUCAUGCACAAGAGUAAUUUUUCCACAAAAUCCAUGUGUAUAUAGGUGGGGUUUCAUUCUGGGUUUUGGUGGUAAUAGGAAAGGAGACUAAAUGCCAAAAAGACUUUUUCUCUGAAGUAAAUAAACCAAGAUAUUUCUAACUUUUAAAUUAUUUGUAUCUAUUCCUCUUGGGAUCCAAUGUGCCUUUCCAGCCUUAACAGUAUUUUAGGAAAAAAUAUUUGCCCCUUGUUUUUAGUGUUAAGCUUCAUUAUAGCCUCUAAGACUAUUCAAGAAUGUCAAUUAUUCAUAUUUUGUUCUUCUUUGUCUUCAAUAGCUCUUAUUUCAUCAGUAAUCUAUUGUAAUUCUUUGCAUAUUUCUACUCCACUAUAUUCCUGAAAAUCUCUCCGGGAAUCUCUUUGCUGCUUCCAGUGUACCUGCCUGGCUAAUUUUUAAAUUCUGUCUUGUCAUUAUUAUUCCUUGAAUGUUUGUAGCUCUUCUGAGGAUAUUUGUUUUAAUUAUUCAGAGGAAAAUUUAAUUACAGUGGAUCCUCGAGUUAUGACUAGCCUGACAUAUGAACAACUUGGGAGGGAGGGAGUUCAACUAUUGCUGUAAUUUUGCUCUUUUUGCUUUGGUGUGUAUAUAUGUGGUAUUGGGGAUUAAACCCAGAGU